CUUGCAGAAAUGGAUGAUGAAGACUGUGAAAGGAGGAGAACAGAGUGUUUAGAUGAGAUGUCCAAUUUGGAGAAACAGUUUACAGAUCUAAAAGAACAGUUAUAUAGGGAAAGGUUAAGUCAAGUGGAAGCAAAACUUGAGGAAGUUAUAGCAGGAAAGGCUCCUGAAUAUUUGGAACCAUUAGCAACUCUACAAGAGAAUAUGCAAAUUCGAACAAAGGUUGCAGGUAUCUAUAGAGAACUCUGUUUGAAGACUGUAAAGAAUCAAUAUGAGUGUGAAGUCCAGGCAGCAUUCCAACACUGGGAGAGUGAAAAGCUCCUUCUCUAUGAUACUGUACAAAGUGAACUGGAGGAGAGAAUUCGGCGCCUUGAAGAAGACCGGCACAGCAUUGACAUCACUUCAGAACUUUGGAAUGAUGAACUACAAUCCAGAAAAAAUAAGAGGAAAGAUCCAUUUAGUCCAGACAAAAAGAAAAAACCAGUGGUUGUCUCUGGUCCUUAUGUAGUUUACAUGUUACAAGAUCUUGAUAUACUUGAAGACUGGACAACCAUUAGAAAAGCAAUGGCUACGCUUGGACCACAUAGAGUUAAAGCAGAUGCAUCCAAAACAGAAAAACAACUUCACAGCGCCAGAUCAGAAGAUGGCAGGUUAUUUUACGAUGGGGAGUGGUACAGCCGUGGGCAGACUAUAUGUAUUGACAAGAAAGAUGACUUUCCUAUAAGUGCCACAAUAACAACCAUCAACAACGAUGAAGUAUGGUUUAAGAGGACAGACAACAGCAAAUCAAAACUUUACAUUUCUCAAUUGCAGAAAGGAAAAUAUACCAUCAAACAUAUGUAGCUUCAUAGUGCUAAUGUGAAGUGUCUUUUUGUAUGAAUUUUUUGUAUUGUCUACAAUAAUGAAGGUGCUGUGACAUCUCGAUUAAAAUUAAUGAAAAACAGUUAAUUCCAUUUGCAAAAAUA